CAAAUCUUUCUUAACUUUUUCAAGUACGUACGAUCGCAGUGAUAAAAUAAUUUUCUUUCAUAAUCCAUUCAAGUUCAACAACCAUGCCAAUGGGAGGGCUUUCUUUGUUGUUUAAGGACGAUCAAGAACAGAAAAACAUCAACUCCGACGACUCGAAAAUCAUGCCUACGGGAGGGCUUUCUUCGCUGUUUGACGAUCAAGAACAAAAAAACAUCAACUCGGACGACUCGAAAAUAACGGAACUAGUUGUCAAAUUCGAGCCGAUCAAGAAGACGGGAAUUAAUAAUAGUAAUAACAAUUGCGACAAAAACAAAUUCAAAAUGCCUUUGCAUUUUCCGAGGUAUACUAAGGAAGAUUAUGAGAAGAUGAGUGAAGAUGAAAUUGAUAGGAUUCUUCAAGAUUAUGGUUUGUUUGUUAAUAAUGGUGACUUGGGUUACAAGAAACAGUUUGCUAUUGGUGCUUUUGUCUGGCCUAGUAGUACUUCUCCUGCAGAAUCUGUUGGUUGCUGAUUAGAAUUAAUUGUUCGUUAUUGAAGUGAUUAG